CAUUCAACACCGAAUUCCGCUCUCAAAACCCCAACGCCCCCAAAACGGCGAACGCUCCGUACCGCAUUCUCGGCGUCAUCGUCGUCGCCAUGGCGGGCGCCGGCGGCAGGAGCAGGGAGCGGCUCACGUCGCGCGCGGAGGAGGCUGCGGGGGGCAAGCGGCGGAGGCAGAGGUGGGAGGUGGAGUUCGCGCGCUACUUCGCGAAGCCGCGGCGCGCCCCCUCGACGCCGCCGCCCCCCGGCCUCCGCUACAUAUCCCGCGGCAAGCAACUCCACCAGGGCACCUGGCUCCUGGCCGCCUCCCCCGCCGCCCUCUGCAUCUCUCGCCCCACCCACUCCUUCGCCGCCCGCGUCCUCACCGUCUCCAUCGGCGACGUCGUCUACGAGGAGCACUAUGUGUCUAUCCUCAACUUCUCAUGGCCACAGGUUGCAUGCGUGACAGAGUGCCCAGUUAGAGGGAGCAGGGUGGUGUUCGUGAGCUUUUGUGAUAGGUCCAAACAGGUCCAGAAGUUUGCUGUACGUUUCGCUCGCCUCAGUGAUGCAGAAUCAUUCUUGAAUAGUGUGAAGGAACUCUCAAGCAACACCAUGGACAUCAUGCCAUCUGGAAGCGACUAUAUGUGUGAGCAUGAAGAUUCAUCAUCAUCUGAAUAUAUUCCUUCUAAUGGACUUCAAUACAGGCCUGAUGAAGCGGUAAGCUUUGAGGAGCCAACUUCUGAUCACAGGACAGAUGCACCUGCUGUUGGCUACCACAUGGAACCAGAUCAGCCUGUUCUUCAAUCUCCCAUUGCUACAAAUAUCAAUAGCAUCUGCUCUGGUUUUCCUGAGGGUUACUCUGGCUUCCCUGAGGGUUACUCUGGUUUCCCUGAGGGUUACUCUGGUUCAGUUAAAAUUGAGAGAGAUGGAGGACCCUUUCCAGCAACUAUAACUGAUCAUGCUCCUGAAAAGGCCUACAUACUGGACACUCGGCUUGAUGCUGCCGGUGGAAAUUCGGUUGCUGAUAAAGGAAAGGGUGCUGGUAAAGAGAUUGAUGUUAGUGACGUAACACGUGAUAUUUUGGCAGGGAUAGAGACAUAUGUGGGGGAUGACUCUUUUCAUGAUAUGCUGUCCAAGCUCGACAAAGCCAUUGAUGAACUGGGUGGUGACAUGUUGCUUGCCUCUUGAACGCCGCUGGAAGGCCUUACUUGCCUCUGACAAUGUGUACAAAUGUAAUGGUAGUUCGCGUAGUAUGCCUAGUAUCCGUGUCAGGUCUGCUCCUAAAAGAAACACCUAAGAUUAUCCUUUAUAGCUACAGUCCAGAUGAUAGCAUUGUGGGAUUAGCAAGCAAUAUGCUGCAUGCUUUCUCCAAUGUACUCCCUCCGUUCCAAAAUAGAUGAUUCAACUUUGUACUAACUUUGUAUUAAAGUUAAUAUAAAGUUGAGUCAUUUAUUUUGGAACGGAGGGAGUAGCACGUAGCAUGGUCAUACUUCGACAGUUGACGAAUUAUUAAUCCAGAAGCUUUAGGCCUGGGCGUCCUUACUGUUUCUGUAAGCUUGCUAUUUCAAAUUGAGGGUACGCUCUUUGUGUAUCUGUGUCGCGCGUUCUGUCAUGCUGUUGCCUUUAUGUGUGUCUGAGUACGGAAUUUCUGGACUUA